AUGUCAGCCCAGAGUUUCCAAUCUGGCACCAACGACGAGAUCAAAGACGAAUUCCAAGAUGAAACACAGCAGGACCGUGAGGUUCAUCAUCUCGCUCGCAUAUUCACAGAACAAUCUGAGCAACACAACAUUGGAUCCCCUUUUGCUGAAGACCGGAAUCAUCUCUUAGAUCCUGCUAGCGAGACAUUUUCUGCGAGAGCCUGGGCUAAAUCGUUUUACGACCUACGGUAUAGUAGCGAUGACACGGCUGCUCGCGUCGCUGGUGUUGCCUUCAAAGGCCUCAAUGUGUGGGGUAAGGGAUCGCCCACCGAUUUCCAGUCGACAGUAGGCAACAUCUUCUUGAAGCUUCCUUCAUUAUUUGGCAGGGGUCAGCAAAAGAUUGAUAUUCUACGAGAUCUAGACGGCCUUGUCCUUCCAGGAGAGCAACUUUGCGUCCUCGGACCGCCUGGUUCCGGCUGCUCUACGUUUCUCAAGGCUAUUAUGGGCGAAACUCAUGGCUUCGAAAUUAGUCCAGAAUCCUAUCUCAACUACCAGGGCAUACCUCCAAAAGACAUGCACACUUCGUUUCGAGGAGAAGCCAUUUACACCGCAGAGGUUGACGCACAUUUCCCCCAACUAAGUGUUGGUGAUACACUUUACUUCGCAGCUCAAGCUCGCGCACCACGGUCUAUACCCGGUGGUGUCACUUCAAAGCGUUAUGCUGAACACCUCCGCGAUGUUGUGAUGAAAAUGUACGGCAUUUCCCACACAAACAACACGCGUGUUGGCGAUGAUUUCGUACGCGGAGUUAGUGGCGGCGAGCGCAAGAGGGUCACCAUCGCUGAAGCUACUCUGAGCUUUGCAUCCCUGCACUCAACUCGUGGGUUAGACUCUGCGAACGCAAUUGGGUUUUGCAAGACCCUUCGAACACAGUGUGAUGUGUUUGGUGCAACUACUUUUGUUGCCAUCUAUCAAGCCCCACAAGCUGCUUACGAGCUGUUUGACAAGGUAACCGUCUUGUACGAAGGCCGACAAAUAUACUUUGGACCUACGCAAGAAGCACGCGAAUACUUCCAGCGCCUUGGAUUCGAAUGUCCUCCCAACCAGACGACCCCAGACUUUCUCACCUCAAUGACAUCAGCUGCCGAGCGUCGGAUCAGACCGGGCUAUGAGAACAAGACGCCCCGAACAUCAGACGAUUUCGCUCGCUGCUGGAAGGAGAGCACUGAAAGGGCACAGCUCCUGCGUGCAAUCGACGACUACCACCAGGCCUACCCGCUCAAGGGUGAAACCUACAAGCAAUUUGCUCUCUCAAGGAGCCUGGAAAAGUCGAAAAACCAACGUCAGAAAUCUCCAUUCACUCUCUCUUACAUGGCGCAGACGCGCCUCUGCAUGUGGAGAGACAUCCAGAGGCUCAAGGGCGACCCUAGCAUCCCUUUGACGAUGCUGAUCCUCAAUUUCUUCGAGGCCCUCAUCGUGGCCAGUAUCUUCUUCAAUCUGCCCGAGAACACAGAUUCAUUCUUUCGUCGAGGGUCAGUCUUGUUCAUAGUCAUUCUAAUCAACGCUCUUGGCAGCUUGAUGGAGAUUAUGACUCUGUACGCGAAGCGGACCAUUGUCGAGAAGCACAACCGUUAUGCCCUUUACCAUCCCAGCGCCGAGGCGAUGAGCUCCAUGAUUGUCGACAUGCCUUACAAGAUUGCGAACUCGAUUCUCGUCAAUACCACUAUGUAUUUUAUGGCCAACUUGCGUCGAGAGCCUGGGCCCUAUUUCUACUUCCUACUGGUUGGAUUCACAACGGGCAUGUCAAUGAGCAUGUUCUUCCGCCUUUUCGGUUCAAUGUCAAAGACCAUGGCACAGGCGCUUGCGCCCAGCUCCGUCUUCUUGGUUGGUAUCGCCCUUUACACCGGCUUUGCCAUCCCAGUGCAGUACAUGCGUGGAUGGAUUGCCUGGUUUAGAUAUAUCAACCCGGUGUUCUAUGGGUUCCAAAACAUUAUGGUCAAUGAGUUCAAUGACCGAUCAUUCCCCUGCUCGACUUUCAUUCCCUCUGGGCCUUCAUACGACAAUGUCGCUCCAGAGCAGCGCGUAUGCGCUACGAAGGGCUCGAGACCUGGGCUCGACUUCGUUGAUGGAACUGCAUACGUCGAGACUUCCUUUCAAUACUCGUACGGUCGACGUUGGUCAAACUACGGCCUCAUCCUGGCAAUCACCACCUUCCUAUUCCUUGCUCACUUGCUCAUGACCGAACUGGUUGCAUCUGAGCGCUCUAAAGGCGAGGUUCUCAUCUUCCGCCGUUCCAAGAUGAAGGCCAUGGCCAAGCGCAAGGGCAUAGAUGCAGAGGGAGGUGGUGCGACUGCUCACGAAGGCGAGAAAAUCACUUCAACUACCAAGUCGGAUCAAGGAGAACAGAAGCAGGUCUCGGUUUUCCACUGGGAGAAAGUCAGAUACGAAGUCCAGAUUGGGAGUGAAACUCGUACUAUUCUCGACGACGUUGAUGGGUUUAUCAAACCAGGCACCCUGACGGCUCUUAUGGGUGUUUCAGGCGCAGGCAAGACCACACUUCUCGAUGUCCUCGCAAGCCGCACUACCAUGGGUGUCAUUGGCGGCAAUAUGCUGGUUGAUGGUCGCGAGAGAGAUGAGUCAUUCCAGCGACAGACAGGCUAUUGCAUGCAACAAGACAUCCACCUCGAAACGUCUACUGUACGAGAAGCCUUGGAGUUUUCCGCCUUGAUGAGGCAGCCACCAGAGUACAAGCGCGAAGAGCGAUUGGCUUAUGUAGACCAUGUCAUUCAACUACUGGAUAUGGAGCCGUACGCUGACGCGGUUGUCGGUAUUCCCGGGUCCGGGCUCAAUGUCGAACAGCGUAAACGGCUCACUAUAGGAGUCGAACUUGCCGCUCGUCCAAGAUUACUCCUCUUCCUUGACGAACCUACUUCCGGUCUCGACAGUCAAACCUCCUGGUCUAUCUGCGAUCUUAUGGAGAAGCUCACUAAAGAUGGCCAAGCCAUCUUAUGCACGGUCCACCAGCCAUCAUCGCUCCUCUUCCAACGAUUUGACCGUCUCCUUUUGCUCGCGAGGGGAGGAAAGGUUGUCUAUUUUGGGGACAUUGGUGCCAAUUCCGAGACACUUCUGGGGUAUUUUUCCCGCGCCGGCGCACCAGAAUGCCCCCCUGGCACCAACCCUGCCGAGUACAUGCUGGGGGCCAUUGGUGCAGCGCCUGGUACGAAGGCUGAGAUUGACUGGCCUUCUGUUUGGAAGAGCAGCCCGGAAUAUGCCAACGUUCAGACGGAGCUGGCCAGACUGAGGGAACUCGCCAACCAGCCCUCUGCAGUCGCGGACAAUGUCAGCCAUCGGGAAUUUGCUGCAUCUUUCAAGGAUCAACUGAUGGCCGUCGCACUACGAUGUGGUCAGCAGUACUGGCGCACACCAAGCUACAUCUUUUCCAAAGCAGUCCUCACUGUCGGAUGCUCACUUCUGAUCGGCAUGUCCUUGUUCAACAGCGAAAACACAAUCCAAGGCCUCCAGAACCAACUGUUUGGCGUCUUCAUCUUCUUGUUCGUGGUCACUCAGCUCAUCUUCCAAAUCCUGCCCAUGUGGAUCUCCCAGCGAACCCUCUACGAAGCACGCGAACGACAAUCCAAGACGUACGCCUGGCAGGCAUUUGUUCUUUCGAACAUUUUGAUUGAACUGGCAUGGAACGCCGCCGUGGCUUUACCCUGCUUCCUCGUCUGGUACUACCCCGCUGGCUACUUUCGCAACGCCGAAGUCACCGACAGCGUCUCCAUUCGCGGUUUCCACACCCUCCUCCUAGUCGUCGCCGUUUUCAUCUUCGCAAGCACCUUUGCCCACCUCUUGAUCGCCGCAGCGCCAGACGAGUCGAUAGCCAGCGUCACAGCUACCAUCAUGUCCGUUAUGCUUUAUGCAUUCUGCGGUAUCCUCGUUAAACGCGACGAGAUGCCAAAGUUUUGGAUCUUCAUGUAUCGCGUUGAUCCCUUCACUUACCUCGUUUCGAGCUUUUUGAGCGCGACAUUGGGCCAGGCAGGGAUGACCUGCACUGAAACUGAGUUUCAGCGUUUUCUACCACCCCAGGGACAGACCUGCGGUGUGUACAUGCAGGAGUACAUAAACGGGAAUGGCGGGUACCUUCGUGAUGCACAAGCGACGGCCACAUGCGACUUUUGCCCCAUGGACAAUACGAAUCAGUUCUUGGAGAGCUUCAACGUCGAUUGGAAUACUCGCUGGAGGGACUUUGGUUUGCUUUGGGUGUACAGUGUUGUCAACAUUGCCGCGGCCAUUUUCUUAUACUGGCUUGCGCGUGUUCCGAAGGGCAAGAAGGCGAAGAAGGCGUAG